AUGGUUACUCCUAGCGGAAAUCGGUAUAUUUUAUCUAUAAUUGACGUUUUCACCAGGUACUCUGAGGCUGUUCCUAUUAAGGACCAGACCGCUAGGAACGUAGCUGAUGCCAUAUUCCAACAUGUGAUAUGCCGGUAUGGUUGCCCUGAAAUUAUUGUUUCGGAUCGGGGGGCUAAUUUUACUUCCUCCACGUUUCAAGACUUGUGUGAUGUUCUCCGAAUCAAACAUAACAUCACUACUGCAUACCGCCCGUGUGCAAAUUCGGUCUGCGAGCGGUUUAAUAAAUCUAUAUGCAGUAUUAUAGCUAGGAUCUCCAAAGGAAAUAACGGGAAGUGGGAUGAGCAUCUUGCUCAGGCGGUGUUUGCCUAUAAUAACGCCACGCAUACGUCUACCGGCGAAUCCCCUGCCUUCCUCCUUUUCGGUUUCGACCCCAGGGUCCCUCAGGUCUUUCCUACGGGCCAGCCCACCUACAAUCAAUUGUCUGAUUAUCGGAGGGAAUUAUUAGAGAAGUUGAACACUGUUCGUAACCUGGCUUAUUCACGGGGUAGGAGAAACAACUUAAAAAAUAGAGAGCGGUGUAAUAUCAAAAGAAAGGGGCGUGUUUUCAGUGUUGGUGAAAGAGUGUGGCUGCUACGCAAACACCAGGGUAGAAGAUUUGGAAAGUUCUCCCCUAAGUAUUCGGGUCCCUUCCGCAUUACGAGAAUUUUAGGCCCAGUAACUGCAGAGUUGGGUGAUGGUAGCGGAGGAAAAAAAUGUAUUGUACAUUUUGAUCGUUUGAAACCAUAUUGUUCAUAUGCUGUAUGUAAAGGGCGAGGCCCUUACCGACCCAAGAGUGAUGAAUCUCCUAAUAGGUCUGAUGACGAUGAUGAUGAUGGAGAAGAGGAGAUUACAUUACCGUACGGAAGACCACCGAUUGCACCCAUCAGGAUACCAGACGAUGACGUACCACCCGAAAAUCUUCCCGAAUUGGAUGACAGCCGUCAAGCUGCUCCUGCAAGCAAUAACCGUUACCACCUUCGUAGCAGGAGAGUAGAUUACUACAAACUCCAUCAUGGACUUUGA